AUGGCGGGCGAUGACGGGAAAGGCGGCCCUGACGAGGCUCGACCGGCCGUGCAGAUUCCGGCGUGUCCAGAUCCACCGCGAGUAAUGAUCAAGCAUCCGCUUCAGAAUCGCUGGAGUUUGUGGUUCUACAAGAACGACCGGAAUCACAGCUGGGAGGAGAACCUUCUGGAAAUCACUUCGUUUGACACUGUGGAGGACUUUUGGUAUCUCUACAACAACAUAGAGCCGGCAAGUAGGCUUCCUCUCGGAUGCGAUUAUUCGCUUUUCAAGUACGGCAUCAAGCCGAUGUGGGAGGACAAUCGUAACAGGCAGGGAGGCCGCUAUCUUUUCAACUUGAGCAAAAGCCAGAGGGCGACGGUCUUGGAUCAUUACUGGCUGGAAAUAUUGCUGUGCCUGAUUGGAGAGGGUUUCGGCGAGCAAAGCGACGACGUGAAUGGUGCUGUGGUUCAGGUUCGCCCCAAGCUUGACAAGAUAGCCCUCUGGACUGCCACUGUUCGCCGAUCUGAGGGCAACAUUAAGAUUGGGAAGACUUUGAAGGAGAGGUUGAGCAUGCACCCCCGAAGCACUAUCCCGUACCAGGCCCACGCCGAUACCCAGUCGAAACAUGUUUCCACGGCCAGGCCUAGAUACGAGAUGUGA